AUGUCAUUUCCACGAUGUUGCUUUCUAUGUAUUUUUCUUCUUUUGGGUUUAGGUAUAGAGCUAGCAAACUCUCAGCAUUAUAGAGUAGUGGGAGGAAAACUACUACCUUACAAGACAAUCAUCGUGGAUCAAUCAGGGCAUGGAAACUUCAAAACCAUACAAUCUGCUAUUGAUUCAGUCCCUUCCAACAACAGGUUUUGGGUUUCCAUCAUUGUAAAGGCAGGUAUCUACAGGGAGAAGGUGGCAAUUCCAGUUGAAAAGCCUUAUAUCCUAUUGCAAGGAGAGGGAAAGACGAAAACCCUUGUUGAGUGGGCUGACCAUGAUAACACAUUACAGAGCGCUACAUUCAGAACCUUGGCUGACAAUAUAGUCGUCAAGUUUAUGAGUUUUAUUAAUUCUUACAAGAGUAAAGUCAAACUACCUGCAGUAGCUGCCUUGGUAAGCGGUGACAAGUCUUACUUCCUUAGUGUUGGUUUCUUUGGUUUUCAAGAUACUCUAUGGGAUGAUCGUGGAGCUCAUUACUUCAAGUCUUGUACCAUCAAAGGUGCUAUUGAUUUUAUCUUUGGUGAUGGUCAAUCAUUAUACGAGGAUUGUACCAUAUCUGUUAUUGCUGCACCUCUAGGUCCAGGAAUUUCUGGUAUUAUCACAGCACAAGGUAGGGUAAGUCCCAACGAAUCAAGUGGAUUUGUUUUUAAGAAUUGUGUUAUCGAUGGAACUGGUACAACUUACUUGGGAAGACCAUGGAGAAAAUAUGCUAGAGUUCUUUUCUACCACACAAAAAUGUCUAACAUUAUACAUCCAAAUCGUUGGGAUCCAGGGCAUUUCCGCAAUCAAGAGAGUCACACAACAUUCGCAGAGUAUAACAAUUUUGGACCAGGUUCUAACUCUUCCCCGCAAUGGACUAGGAAAUUGGGUUUAUCAACAGUUAAUUGGAUGGCAAGUUUUAGCUUCAUUGACAGCAAUGGUUGGCUUAAGACCAGCCUAAGAAUAGGUUCUUGAAGUGUAUUAGUAAAACAUAUAACUAUUGAUUUACUUUUGAUUUAUUGUUAAUUUUAUAGUCUCCUGGUUCCUAUUGCACCUUUAGUUUAUUCUGUCUGAAAUUCCAAGUUUGAUUGAUUAUGUAUUAACGUCACACAUU